AAGAUCAGUCUUGUGAUAAGUUUUGAGAAAGAAACGCUAUAAAUAUGUUCAGUGUUCCCAUAUUGUUUUGUAUAAUCGCUAUUGUUUUAGCUCAGAGUGCAGAACUAGGAUCUUUUGGAUCUUCUCUAUCUCAUAAGCAUCAUAAAACUCCUUCUAACCAUCAGCCUCCUAAACUUCCUUCCUCCAGCCUUCAACCUUCUGAAAUUCCUUCUACCUCCAGCAUUAAACCUUCUGAACCUUCUUCCUCCAAUAUUAAACCUCUUGAUCCUUCUUUCUCUAAUAUUAAGCCUUCUGAACCUUUAUCAUCCAACAUUAAACCUUCUAAACCUUCUCCCUCCAAAAUUAAACGUCCUAAACCUUCUUUCGCCAACAUUAAAUCUGCUGUAUCUAAUUCCUCCAACACUAAACCUUCUAAACCUAUUUCCUCCGAUAUUAAACCUUCUGAACCUAUUUCUUCUAAUAUUAACCCUUCUGAACCUUUGUCAUCCAUCAUUAAACCUUCUGAUCCUUCUUCCUCCACCAGCAAACCUUCAGCACCUACUUUCUCCAGCAUCCAACCUCCUAAAAAUACUUCCUCCAGCCACCACCAUCCUAAAUCUCCUUCCUCCGGCCAUCAACCUUCUAAAACUUCAAAAUGUCCUUUCGUAGAUUUUCCACUGUGGAAUUUAUCAGCGAUGUGUGGAGAGUGGUACCUGUACGAAAGUAGUCUCAAUGUGCGAAGCAAAGACGAAAGAUGCAUAAAAGUAAAGUUAGAAGAAUAUCCCGUUGGUAAAUUCAAACUCAUCAGUAAAUCUUACAUAACUAGCAUCAGCAUAACUUCGACAGUUGUAACCGACGUAAUUGUUAAAAACAAGGAUAAUGGAGUUCUUGUAAGCCAUGUUCCGCUUUUUGGUUCUAUAUACAAGAAUGUAACUUUACUUACAAUAGAAAGAGACUAUGUUAUAUUAUAUUCUUGCCAAAUGCACGGAACUAAACGUGUCGAAUCUGCGUGGGUGUUUAUCAAGUACGUUUCAAGCCCUCCAAUUGGACUCAACGACAAAAUAGAAAACGCCUUUAAAGGUCAUAAUCUUAAAAUGCCUAAUAUGAAUUCAAGCGAUUAUAAAGAAUGUGUUGAUGUUUUUUCAAGUUACCAAUUUGAUCCUGCUCCGACGCCGGAACCCAUGACAAUAUCUUGUUUCUUAAAUGCUAAAUGUCUCGCCAAAAAGUGGAGGGAAUUUUUAAAUUUAUUUAUCCCUUGUAAGUCUUAG